AUGGAAUUGAAGACGAGACAAACGAAGAAGUUGUUGGAGCUUUUGGAGCAACAAAUAAACAAAUUGUAUUUAUUGCUGACUACUGCUUCUAUUAAUCCGUCAGAAAUUUUAGUCACAAAAUCAUUACUCCACGAGCAACUGCAUCUUUUAACUCAGAGAUUCAAUAAUUUAAGCGAUGAUAAUUGCGACUGUGAAGAGGCAAAUGUAAAAUUUGCUGAGACAGUAACAAAUUUGAAAUAUACUUCUCUAUUGAAAAAUGUUGAGGAACAUAUUAAGGAUAUUAAAUGCGAUAAUAUUGAUAGCAAUACAGCCAGAUAUAAAAUGGAAUCAUUGCUUAAUAAUUUUAUAUCAGCUUUACAAGCGUUGGAAGAUUUAGAAUGUUUACCAUUGAAACAGAGACUUCAGGAUUGUCUGGAUUAUGUUAAAGAAAUGAGCACAGCAAAUGAGAUUGAGGAUCUUCAAAACAUAAAAGAAUUAGGUACUUCGAUACUAGAGAUACUCGAACCACUACAGAAUUACAGAAAAAGUUUAGUGUCUGCUUUUCUGUCACAGAAUUUAGCUUUAUAUAUUUCUCAAUUGUGCAUAUCAUUUGAAAUGCUAGUACAACUAGCUCAGGAACAGCAUCAGUUAAAUGCACCAAUUUAUGCUUGCAAGAAAUAUGUUUGUGAAAGAAUAUGCACUUGCUGUGAAAUGAUAUUGAACUUGAUGAAUGAUUCAAAUCCAUCGCUGGAAAAGGAAACUUGCGAGAGAGAGAAUCAUUUCGUUUACAGAAUGGAUUUGGUAUUAGACGUUAUAUUAGAAAUACCAAGCAAAAUGCAUGAAGAGCAGCUGUCUGAAUGCACAGAGCUGUGGUUGAGACUGGAAGAUGUCUUCUCUCAUGCUAUGGCAAUUACUCAAGUGUGUCAGCCAUAUAAUUUUAAAGCCAUAACUGGUUCAUGCCAAUCUAUAGUGUUGGAAUAUGAAAAAUUAAAACAACAAUUAUUCUCGGAGACUCCAGAUCCGGCGUUAAAUAACUUGUUUAUGCAUACCUUAACCGACGCUCUUUAUCGUUUGGAACGUAAAGUCAAUAUAGCGGUACUAACGCUCGCAAUGGAAGUAUUCAGUAAUCCUUACAUUACUUUGAAAAAACUCGUUAUGACGUGCGGAAAUUCAUUAAGCGCAAAAAGAAGGUCGAAGAGUGAUUUAAAUAAUCUUAUAGAAGAUUUUGACCAAUUCUUUGAUCAAACUAUACAAAUUGGAAUAUUUGCAAUUGCUUGUUGCAAAGACAAGAAUCGAAAUAACAAAAUUCGUAAUUGCCUCGCAGGAUUUGAAUCCUUAGAAACUGAAUUAAUUUCUGCUAUAACUUCCUUCUAUUUGCAUCCAGAUAAUAAAGAAAUGCGUUCGAGUGUUAAAUUAUUGACUACGCAAUGGCAGUUAGAGAUGAAUAAGUUUCAGAAUGCUGUAAAUCUCAUUAUAAAUUCUGCUGCUUUCUGUCAAGUAGUUAUGGAUAGUCUUCAAGAACGUAUAACGGCAAUCUCAGAUUGUCUAGAUAACAGAGAGCCAGUAACGCAACUUCAAGUGCAAGGUAUCGUUCAGCGUGCUUCAGCUUUGUCUAGUCAAGUUACAGCGAUUGUAAAUGACAUUGGCACUGAAAACAUUGAUCGUCAAACAAUAAUGAUGACGAGAGAAUUGAAAGCAGCUAUAUUUGAAGCCAACGCUGCUGCCAAAACUCUUCUGGUGGAGAACGCAACAGAGCCUCAACAAUUGCGAGUGAUAAAACGAUGUGAAUUAAUAUUGAAUGUCGUUCAAAGAUUACAGCCUGUUUUAGCUAUAAUUAUGAACAAUACGACGCGUGAAAAAUCUGUGAGAAGUCAAGGAGAUUCCAGUCAUGGUACAUGUGUUACAGGCAGCGUAUCAAAUGUCAUGAACUUUUCAUCGACAAUUUAUGGUUUGCCGCGCGAUGAAAAUAGUCUAGUUUAUAUUAGAACACCCUAUACAGUAAAAAUGCAUAAACCACAAGUGUCCAUUCAAACGGCAAACAGUACAGUGCAGAAACCGUCGGAUCUAUCAUAUUUGAUACCUUACAUAAAGAACGGUCGUACAUUGCGUAGUGAGCACUCCAUCAUGUACACACCCAAUAAAAACAAGAACUUAACAGAAGCAGCUGUUAAAAAUGAGAUGUUUCUUAGGAAUCUAUCUAGCAUUAGACAACAUCUUUUUAGCAGAGAUAGCUUUAGUAUUCAUGUCGACUUUGAUAUAGCCGAAGAAAGCAUGGAUUUAACAGCUGCUUUAGAGAAGAUAACUUCGUCGUCUACGGAAAAUGCAACGUUCUCUUCGUGCCAAUUCUCAAAAGUAGAAAAUGUAUCUUCGGGAAGCGUGAACAAGGAAUCGGUUAUCAAUAUCGUAGAAAAACUAUGUCAAACUGUAAGACCAGAAACGGAAAGUUGUUUGAGUAAAUCUGUGAUAACAGAGAAGAUGAGUGAAUGUGCCAUAUCUGGUGGCGGUGAUGCGUCCUUAAUCAUGGAAUCGUGUCAAAAACUCAAUAGCGUUCGAUCUCCAGACAAUAAGAUACAAAAGUCAACCUCGGAGAAACAUGAGUGGUGGGUGAAAGAAGACGGUGUGCUGGUCCAGCGAGAAAAAACGUCGAGCAGAUCAAUUCGUUUUUACAUCGGUUCAAGUCAGUUCGUCGAGCGAAACAUGGACGCCGUGGCGAUACGUACAUCGAGUCCGCCGCAGGGCGAGGACGCGAUCGCGUCCGCUAUGAAGAUAUGCCGCGUCUGCCUGCUCGACAAUCUGAUGAUGCGUGAUCUCUUCGCAGAGAGCGAGGUCGCAUCUCUAUCGGCGAAGGCGAUGAGCUUUGCCAACGUUAAGAUGUUACCAGGCGACGGUUUACCAACACAGGUGUGUUGUAUGUGCGCUGACAAGUUGGAGUCGGCAUACGAGCUUAAGUUACAAGUAGAGCAAGCUAACAAUGUUCUCCGAGAAAAGUUUAUGGGAAGAAUGAAGGAUGAUUUGUUUCUUAAUGAGGUUGAUAUGCACUUGCAUGCUGAGAAGAAUAAUGGUUUGGAAGAGAUAAAUGACAGUGCUGAUUAUGGGUCUACUGGUACACUGCCAGUUGAGACAGAAACUGACAAGAACUUUCUGAAAAAUCAAUUAAUAAUUUUGGAAGCUGAAAAAUUGGCAGAGACAGGUGAGAUGCAACAAGAUGCAGAACAAGAUAGCUUGCAAGAAAGUAUCGAGGAACAAUUGCAGCAAGAAUUAGCUAGUUCGGAAGGCAAUGAUAUAUCAGAUGCUAUCGAUGAAUCUAGGGAUGAAGUACUUUCCGAUGAGAAGAACAUUCAAAAUUGUACAGAUACGGUUUCAACGGAAGGACAUAAUUUUAUAAUGCAACAACAAUGUAUUAUAUUUCAUACUGAUCAAUUCUCCUUCCAUAAAAAAAUACAGGAGGAGGAUGUAUCAGAAUUGAAACAUGAUACAGUGAAAUACGAAGAGUCACUAUCUGAACAAAAUCAAGAAAAUCAGUCUGAGCAAAACCAAGAAAUUCAAGCUGAACAAAAUCAAGAAAUUCUAACUCAGCAAAUCUACGAGACUUUGGCUGAACAAAAUGAAGAGUCUCGAGUAGAAAAAUCUGAAGAUAAGCAAGAGAGUCAAGCUAAACAAAAUCAAAAUGACGAAAUGGAAUUAUUACAGACAGAAGUAUCCAAAGAUGAUACUAAUGAUGAGACAAGUGUACCAGUGGUGAGACAAGAAUUACCCCAGAAUGAAACUAGAAGAAGUAAACGAUUGGCUCGUCGAACACUUGCCGAACGAGAUUCCGAUGAGGAGAAUUACUUUGAAAAUCUAAAUCUUAGUUCGCGAUUGAAAAAAGCGCAGGCAAAUAAGGCAGAAAAGUUUUUUUUCAUAUGUUACUUGUGCGAUGAACAGUUCCUCUCAAAGUGCGUUCUGAAACAGCAUAUGCAGUCCCAUGAAGAAGUAAGGAGAACAUUGUCUGUGAAGAAAAUGCUGAAGAAAUCGCGGACGUGCCUUCCAGUCGUGCCAACGCCGUCGUCAGGAAGGAAAGCCAACAAGUGCCCUUAUUGUGGUAAAGAAUAUCAGUACAUAAUCUCAUUUAAUAAACACAUUAAACAACAUGAGCGAGAGCAUCUGAAAACAAUUCCGCUUGCUAAACAUGGUAAGCAACAUGAACGAGAGCAGCAGGAAACGAAUGAAGAUCCGAUAUUUAUCGAGAUAUCGUUUGAAGGAGAGGAGCACAAUCUAGACUCUGAUAACGACAACAAAUCCAAUGUUGAAUGUGAGAAACGGAAAAGAGAAAGUACAGCCGUCGCGAGCGACAACGAUCAGAACAAGAGAAAAAAGUUUAAUCUUAUUGAAGAAUUUACAUAUGACAAAUGUCCAGAAAAAUUCGAUACAAAGCAAGGUUUGCAAAAUCAUUCAUUGACGCAUGUUAACUUCACGUGCAGUGUGUGUGACGAGGAAUACGAAACUCUAGAACAACUAAAAAAUCACCGAACGAAGCACGUGAUCCAAGAUAUAUUCACUGAGCAAGAUUUGGAAGAAGAUAUGAAGCAAAUGGCCCAGAACAUCAAGGACAAUAAUGAAAACACCAAAAACAUCAAAAGUACAGAGAACAAGAAAGCGCUCUCCAGACAUAUAGAGACAACACAAUCCUAUUCUUACAAAUGCAAGAUAUGCUAUCAAAAAUUUACACGGAAGGAUUUCCUACGCAGGCAUGCUGAGCAGCAUGCACGACUGAAGAAUUACAAAUGCACCCAAUGUAACAAGAGUUUCGGUAACGAGCUUACGUUGAGAAAUCACUUGAUCGCCACAAAUCACAAGACAUUUAUACAGGGGCAGGAAUACGAUCCCAAUAAGCGUAUAAAGCGCAUGGCAGCGACAGCAGCACAAAAAAUUAUCGACAAGAUCAAGAUUGAGGACGGACUCGAAGACUACGACGAUGAUGACGAUGAUAAUACAGAGUACGAUUUUACUCAAUUGGAUAGGUACUAUCAACGUAAGCGCAGUGCAAAGGAAUUCGUGUGUGCGACCUGUAACAAGAACUUUAACUCAAAGCAAGCGUUGACGAAGCACAUGGAGCAGCAUGUAAAGGAGGAGAAAGCAGAGAAAACAGUGGAAAAACAGAAAAACAAGGGCGAUAACAAUGACGACUCCGACUUUGAGAGUGGUCUUGAUUGGCCAAUGGACAACCACGAAUGCACCACGUGCAAGAAGAAAUACAGUACGAAAAAGUCGUUACUGCGCCAUCAACUAUUACAUGAGGAGCCAAAUUUUGAAUGUGAUAUCUGCAAUGUUAAAUUCUAUCGCAAAGAUAAACUGAAGGUGCACUAUGAUAAGUGCUCGGAAAAGAAUCCCAAUCAGGUGAGGAAGUGUAACAUCUGUGGCGACAGUUUUGAAAACAAUAAGAUUCUGCGCGAGCAUAGGAUCAAGCACGUCACUGAGGGUAUCCUAACGGAGGAGGAUCUGAUAGACAUCGAGCCUGAAGAAAAGAGAAUACGGGAUAGAAUGCCUCGUAAGAGGAGGACCGAUAUUGUGGGGCUCGAGUGUGUCGAAUGCAAGAAACGAUAUACAUCCAGGAAGGGCUUGUUGCGACACAUUCAGAUUCACGAGGGCAAGAAGUACUUGUGCGAAAUGUGUCCAAAGAAAUUCUAUCGGCGGGAACACCUGAAGAUUCACGUAGCAAAGCACAACAUGAUUAAACCAUAUAAGUGCACCCGUUGCUCCAAGCGCUUCAUCAAGGAGGAGCAGCUCAACAAUCAUCUACCUAAGCAUGAUCGCACUUUUAAGAAGAACAAGGAAGCCGAUAGCUCGAAAAGAUUCCUCUGUGAGAUUUGCAGUAAGAGCUUUACGCAAUCGACAACACUGAUAGCGCAUCUGCGCGCUCAUAAGGGUAUCAAACCGUUUGUAUGCGAAGUAUGCUCCAGGCCAUUCACCACUAAUGCUUACUUGAAGAUGCAUAUGCGCACGCACACGCAGGAACGUCCGUAUAUUUGCCAAUAUUGUUCACGAGCGUUUGCGCGUGCCGACACCUUAGCGAAUCAUCUGACGUCGCAUACUGGCGAAGCUAAGUACCAUUGUAAGUGCUGUCCGAAGAACUUCCGACGAUUGAAAUCAUUGAAGGAACACAUGUUUAUUCAUACGGGUCAACGACCUUACGAGUGUCCAACUUGCGACAGAAAGUUCAACAAUAAUGGCAGUCGCUACGCGCACAGCAAGCGCUGCAAACAGAAUCUUCUGCAGAAUCAAAAUCGGGCGCAACAGGUGAUCCAGCAGACACAACAGCAAUCGCAACAACAGCAUCAACAACAAGAGCAUCAGCCACAGCAAGUGCAAAUACAUGUGCAGCAGUCAGAACCGCAUCCAGUUAGAUUGCAUCAAACCACGAUCGGCCAGGCACAAGUAAUCAAGACGCAAAACAUCAAAACGAUUGCUAUAGCGAGACAGGCUGACCCUACGAUAACCACAACGCAACAAGUUGUGCAGCAUCAGGAGAUACUAAUGCCUCUAAUCCUGCCACUUACCGUUACUCUUGCUGAUGUAGGCGAAGAGGUGAUAUUACCUGAAGGUACAAAAAUAUUUACCACCUCUUAAUUGAGCCAUUUUUGUCGUAUUUGAUUAUAAUAUGGCAAGGAAGGGGGACAUGCAACUUGUGAAAAACUAUCUUGAUGGUAUUUGAUGAUGUGAACGAGCUGAACGAAUUUGGUUCUUCUGACACCUUGUGAUUAUCGUUUCCAUUCCCACAAUUCCGAUAUGCAUGGAAAAUUCUGAAAUAGCACUUCAGAAUGGAGUAACUCACCACAUUAUCAAGAGAUUUUCUUGUAUUGUAAGAAAGGGUCCGAUACUCCACUAGGUGACAAAAAGGGUACGAUAAAUAUAUGAAUUUAAGUGAAUAUGUAUAAAACGUUAUAUUGAAGUUCAUUUUUACAACGGU